AUGGCGACCACCGUGGCACACCCCGAACCAUCCACCACAUCACCGACAGAAUACCCCUUCGCGCCGUCACCGGACAUUCUACGCACACAUCAAAAGGACGCAUAUAUAACAGGCCAAUUAUCAUCACAAGCAUCGACAAUCCUCCGUGCAUUGUUGGGCGCGCGAUUCGCACAUAAAUAUUCCACAGCCACCAACAAUCUCAGCGAAUUACUGUACCUCUGCAUAACGACUUUACUCGGAAACCGCACACUCGGGGAGGAAUACUGUGACGUGAUUCAAGUGGAGACUGACACACUGCGACUGGCCGGCUUGGGCAGACGGGUCGGAUACAUCGCCAGUGUGGUGUUUGCACCAUGGAUGCUGGGCAAAUCCUUGCCCGCAUUGCGACGUCGACUGCGGGAAAAGCUGGACUGGAACAUCGAGCAUGCGAAGAAGCAUCGACGAGGGAGCUCAUCGCGAGGGCUUAAGAUUCAACAAUACAUCCUCGAACACCUGGAUACUCUGACGAGUCCGAAUCCCAUCUACGCGCUGAGUCUCGCGACCUUCUAUUUCACCGGAGCAUACUACCACCUCUCAAAACGACUCUUCGGCCUACGCUACAUCUUCACCAAGCAGAUGAAACCGGACGAACAGCGCGUGGGCUAUGAAGUCCUCGGCGUCCUCCUCGUCCUGCAAAUGGCCGUUCAGUCCGCGCUACAUGUCCGACAAACAUACCUCUCCAACACCAACGACGAAACAACAUCCCUUGAAGCCAACGCGACCAGCAACGCCGACCAAACCUCCACAACCGCACUAGUCGGCAACGGCGUCGAAGUGCCCGUCAACACGACCAACCUCCUGGGGCACUCGCCCGACCAACUCCUCGCAGACAUCCACAUCCCAGCCCAUCUCCCACCGGGUCUAUCCACCAACACCGCAACACCCGUCCUCCCAGACAACACACCGCGCUACGACAUCUCCGACGACGCCGUCAUGGCGUGGAUCCCCGAAGGUCAGCAGCGCAAAUGCACGUUGUGUCUGGAGCCGUUCCGCGACCCCAGCGCCACCACCUGUGGCCACGUCUUCUGCUGGACCUGUGUCCAGGACUGGGUCAAGGAGAAGCCCGAGUGUCCACUGUGCAGGCAGGCCGUGCUGCCGCAGAAGAUUUUGCCACUGCGGUAG